AUGGGGUCCAGCACAUCGAAACCAGAGCCAUCGGGCUAUCAGUGGAAGGCCUCAGGGACGCCUGGCGUUUCCAUGCCCGUCCUCGACUCCCUGCAGUCCAGCCCCGAGACGGACGCUUCACGUGCCAAGCUGCUCGAGCAGCAGAUCCACGCCCGCGUCGCCGACGAGCUCAAGAAGCUGCAGAAGCGCGAGGCCGAGGCCCUCGCCGCCGCCCACGACAAGAUUGCCGCCGCCGCCGCUUCCUCCCACUCGUCCCCCGAUGACGGCCCCUCCCGCUUCGCCGUCGGCAAAGAGGUCGACGCGCUCCGCCGCAAGCUCGAGGAGCGCAAGCAGGUCCGCGCGCUGCCCGAGGACGUGGAGCGCGCCCGCACCAAGGUCGUCGAGUGCCUGCGCACAAACGACCGCCGGCCGCUCGACUGCUGGCAGGCGGUGGAGGACUUCAAGGCCGAGGUCCAGAAGCUGGAGAAGUCGUGGGUCGACAAGAUCGUGGCGUGA